CCGCCCGCUUUCGUAGAUUCGUGGCAACCUAGCCGCUCCAGGCCACGAUGGCCCAGUUCUAUCAGCAGCAACAACACCAGCCAUACGGCGCCCAUCCACAGCAAACAUCGGCGCAAAAUCUCCAGUUUUACCCUUCGUCAUAUUCGUCCGUCUCGGGACACACAACGCCUGCACAAGUCUCUUACGGUGGCUAUGGAGGCAGCAUGUCAUCAUCCGCCUACCCCCCUUUAGGCAGCGGAGGAGCGUCUUUUGGGGGGCCAGCUGGCUUCGGUGGUAGUGCUGAUGCAGUUAGUGGUCGAAUGGGAGAGCAAGGAGGGCUGCGGAUGGGCUGGUUGGCUGCGUUUGGAACAGAAGGCUAUGAAGACGAGCCCCCAUUGCUUGAAGAACUAGGGGUAAAUUUUGAGCACAUACGGACGAAGACUCUCUCUGUGCUAAAUCCGUUCGCACGAAUUGACCAGCACUUGAUGGAUGAUAACGACUUAUAUGGCGCCCUUCUUUACAUCUUACUGUACGGGACUUUCCUCUUAUUAUCUGGCAAGGUUUUCUAUGGGUAUAUUUAUGGCGUCGCUGUCUUUGGAUCUGUGAUCAUCCACCUUAUCCUCAGCCUAAUGUCACCCACACUCGACCCGUCAACCAACGGAGCCUCACACGACCCCACGGGAAUGAACAUGAACAUGAAUCCUUCAGAUGGAAGCCAUGGAGGCCAUGGAGGCCAUUUCUCAUCAACUCUUACCUUCCCUCGCUCCGCCAGCGUCUUAGGAUACUGCUUCCUUCCCCUCGUUCUAACUAGUCUGGUUGGAAUUUUGAUACCCAUGGACACUGUGUUCGGCUACUUGCUUACAACCGCCGCUGUCGGGUGGUGCACGUAUAGUAGCUCGGGCAUGUUUUGCGCCGUAGCUCGAAUGCGCGGUAUGAGAGUUCUGGUUGCAUACCCGCUGGCAUUGUUUUAUGUCGUUUUCGGAAUCAUGGGCAUCUUUUCGUCUAGGGGUGGCGGUACAUUGGUCGCUAAGGCCACGGGCGGUUGA